GCUCCCCCUCUUCGCCUCCAUUCUUAAUCUCCACGAAUUCGACGAGGCACCCAACGGAAAACAAACACCCCCACACCAACAGCUGACAUUUAUAAACCGACCCCAGAAAGAAGAUAUAAGAAAUCAGCUCGUACGAGGAUUGAUUUUUCAAGAAGAUCCGCAUCACAUGACGCCUUGUAGAAUCAAGAAAGACUCGUGAAUAGGAGAAUAAUGAACACGUUGAAGGAGAGGGUCUCGGAGAAGCUCUCGCGUCUCUUUGCUGAUUCCCCGGAUCAUUCUUCUCCCUCACCGUCUUCGCAAUUAAGCGGCCAUUCGGACGAACCCCAGGCCAGGCUGAGUUCUAAAGAAGGGACGUCUCUCUCUUCGUACUUUUCUUAUGUCAUUCCAACUAGCAGAUUUGAUGGACUCAGAUCAAAGAAGUGUGAGCAGGACGUUGAACUAUAUCAAUCGCUUCCUGCUGAGUGCAAUGAUGAAAAACCUGAAUGGCAAGAUGUAUCUUCAGAAGGUUUCGUAGAAUAUACUCUAGACAAAAGAAAAGCAACAGUUGAUUGCCAUGAAAAUUCUAAAAAAUGUGCUUCAGUCUGUGAGAAUGGGAAAUCGCUAAGUACGAAUGAAGAAGACGAAGGAAGUACCAGUGGUUCUGACUUGUUUGAAGAGGCAACUGACAAGCAUUGGUCAGACAAGCCUCUUCAUAAUCUCAUGGAUGAUUCUGUUUUUAUCUCUGCUGAUCUAUAUGAAUUUUUUUACUCAUCCCUUCCCAAUCUUGUGAAAGGUUGCCAAUGGGUGUUGCUAUACAGUACGCUGAGACAUGGUAUCUCACUGCGCACACUUAUCCGCAAGAGCGCGGACCUUUCUGGCCCCUGUUUGCUGAUUGUUGGUGACAUGCAAGGAGCAGUAUUUGGUGGCAUGCUAGACUGCCCCUUAAAGCCCACAGCGAAAAGGAAAUAUCAGGGGACAAACCAAACAUUUGUAUUCACAACAUUAUAUGGGCAACCAAGAUUAUUUCGAUCAACUGGUGCCAAUAGGUACUACUACAUAUGCAUGAAUGACUCCCUUGCACUUGGUGGUGGAGGCAACUUUGCCUUGUCCUUAGAUGGAGAUCUAUUAAGUGGAACAAGUGGACCCUGUGAAACAUUCGGGAAUUUGUGUUUAGCUCACAAAUCGGAGUUUGAGGUGAAGAAUGUUGAGUUAUGGGGCUUCACUCACUCAUCACACUAUACUACAUGACCUGAAGUGGCAACCAGGCCUGCUUGUGCCGUUCCCGUUCAAGUUCGUUAUUGUUUCAUUUUUGCCUUAGUAUAUCCCGCCAGAUAGGUCUAUUUAUUUUAGUUGGAGGCACCUUUCCAGGUAUGUGAUGGGGCCAAAUGGCUUAGUGUGACGGUCACUUAAAGAUUUAUUCAUGUUUAAACUCAUUUCGACUUCGAAUGAAGAUUGGCUGCGAUUCUUGUAAAACUUCUUAUUCAACC